AUGUUCAACCUGAGCAACAAGAACUUCAUCGUCACCGGCGGAGGGCGAGGCAUCGGGUAUGCGAUCACACGGGCGAUCACAGAAAUGGGGGGCAACGUCGCGGUGCUGGAUGUGCUGAAUGCGCCCGUCAAGGACUUUGGAACACUAGAGCAUGAUUUCGGCGUCAAGGCUAGAUAUCUGCGCGCGGAUGUGACGGACGAGAAGAGCCUCACUAAAGGGUUCGAGCAGUCGAUUUCGGAGUUGGGUUCAUUGCAUGGCUGUGUGACUGCAGCGGGUAUUGCGUUGGACAAGCCCUUUGUCGAGCAGUCGUGGAAAGAAGUCAGGAGAGUACAGGAGGUAAAUCUUACGGGGACAUUCUUCGCCGCGCAACUUGCUACCAAGCAGAUGGAGCAGCAAGGGACUGGGGGAAGUUUGGUCUUGAUAGCUUCCGUCUGUGCGCAUGUCGCCAUUCCAGGCCACCGGCUGUCUGCUUACCACGCCACCAAGGGAGCAGUCAAGAUGCUGAGUACGGCGUUGAGUGUCGAGCUGGCCCCGCAUGGAAUCAGAAGCAACACGAUUUCGCCGGGGUAUAUCGAAACAGACAUGUCCAGGACGUUGCGAGAAGAGCAUCCGCAUUUGGUGGAAUUGAUGCAUUCUACGCCACCGUUGAAGAGGAUCGGGAACCGCAACGAUCUAACUGGUGCGGCUGUGUAUCUGCUGAGCGACGCCAGCUCCUAUACAACAGGUACCGACAUUCUGGUCACCGGCGGCCUGCAUGCGGGCAGGAUUGAAACCUGA